GCGUGAGUGAGCAAUGCUCUAACCUGCAUUUAGCUGUCCCUUCACACAUCCUGCACCACAUAUACAGCACAUUAAAGAGGGCCUUGCAAUGGAAAAGGCUGCUCCAAUCUUGAAGGCGCCUGAAGUGAAAGAAUAUCUGAUCAAGGGAGCUCGCUUCACCAAGUGGGAUGACGACACUGGAGUCACAUCACCUGUAAUGAUGAAAAUGGAUCCAAAGGGCUACUAUGUAUACUGGACUCACCAGAACAAAGAAAUGGAGUUUUUAGAUAUUACAUGUAUUCGUGACACACGAGUAGGAAAAUAUGCAAAAAUACCCAAGACUCCAAAAGUUCGGAAUGUGUUCAAUCUGGAUUUUCCAGAGAACAACUACUUAGCAAAAACCCUGACAAUUGUUUCUGGUCCUGACGUGGUGAACCUUUCUUAUAGCAACUUUUUUGCUUACAAAGAAAAUAUUGCCAAGGACUGGGCUGAUGACAUACUGUCAAUUGCUUACAACCCAUUGACAAAUAAUGCCUGCCGACAAGUUUUCUUAGAAAAAAUAUAUGUUCGGAUUACUUUGCAAACAAAUAAAGAUGGGAAAAUCCCAGUCAAGAAUAUCUAUCAGAUGUUCCCUUCUGAUAGAAAGAAGGUGGAAGCAGCUCUGACCUCCUGUCACCUGCCAAAAGGAAAGAAUGAUUCAAUGAAGCCUGAAGAAUUUUCUGAAUCUGUCUACAAGAGUUUCCUGAUGCACCUUUGCCCAAGACCAGAAAUUUAUGAGAUUUUCACAUCUUACAAUACUAAAGCCAAACCAUAUAUGACCAAAGAGAACUUUUGCAAGUUCAUUAAUGAAAAACAGAGGGACUCACGGCUCAAUGAGAUUCUGUUCCCCAGACUGAAGCCUGAGCAGGUCAAGGCCCUAAUUGAGAGAUAUGAACCCAGCCAGGCAAAUGUGCAGAGAGGCCAGAUAUCUCCAGAAGGGCUACUCUUUUAUCUCUUGGGACCUGAAAACAGUGUGGUUGAUCCUGAGAAGCUUCUGAUAUACCAGAAUAUGGCACAGCCCCUUCCUCACUACUAUAUUAAGUCUUCCCACAACACCUACUUGACUGCGGGUCAGUUCUCUGGAGUUUCCUCCCCAGAGAUGUACAGACAGUGUCUUCUUACCGGCUGUCGCUGUGUAGAGCUUGAUUGCUGGAAUGGAAAGCCACCAGAUGAAGAGCCUAUCAUCACACAUGGCUUUACCAUGACAACAGAAAUAUUAUUCAAGGAUGUCAUUGAAGCCAUCGCAGAGAGUGCCUUCAAAACGUCUCAGUACCCUGUAAUCCUGUCCUUCGAGAAUCAUGUGGAUUCGGUCAAACAGCAAAAGAAGAUGGCAGAUUACUGUAAGAAUAUUUUUGGUGAGGCACUGUUAAUAGAUCCCUUGGAAAAGUAUCCGCUGAAACCUGGGCAACAGAUACCUAGUCCUAGCGAGAUGCUUGGCAAAAUUCUGAUCAAGAACAAAAAGAACCAGUCACGCAAUGAGAGUGCUCAAGGCCCAGCAAAGAAAAAUGUAUCUGGGGAUGCAAGUGGCCCAGAGCAGGACUCCAGUCAAAUGCCCACUACCCAAGAGAGUGAGCCGACUGAAGAAGCAGAGGAUCGUGAAGAAGUUGAUGAGGCAGUUGAGGAAGACGAGGAGCAGAUGAAGAAUUCCGAUGAGGGAACAGCUGGACAAGAAGUGACAGCUUUUGAAGAAAUGUCAGCGUUGGUAAACUACAUCCAACCCAACAAAUUUGUUUCUUUCGAACAUGCAAAAAAGAAGAAUCGUAGCUAUGUUGUCUCAUCCUUCGUGGAAACUAAAGCCAUAGAACUGGUCACCAAGUUCCCAGUGGAGUUUGUUGAUUAUAACAAGAGGCAGAUGAGCCGGAUCUAUCCCAAAGGAACUAGGAUGGAUUCGUCCAACUACAAUCCACAGAUCUUCUGGAAUGCUGGAUGCCAAAUGGUUGCCCUCAAUUACCAGACCAUGGAUUUUCCAAUGCAGCUGAACAUGGCCAUGUUUGAGUUUAACAGCAGGACUGGCUACCUGCUCAAGCAUGAUUUCAUGCGACGAACUGAGAAGAGAUUUGACCCUUAUGCUAUGGAUCGGAUUGAUGUUAUUGUGUCAAAUACACUAUCAAUUAAGAUCUACUCUGGACAAUUUCUGUCCGAUAAAAAUGUUAAAACUGCAGUUGAAGUGGAGGUGAUUGGGCUACCAGGUGACCCAAAGCGUAAGUACAGGACCAAGUGGACAUCAACGCCAAACUCAAUAAAUCCAGUUUGGAAGGAAGAACCUUUUGUGUUUGACAAGAUUCUAAUGCCAGAAAUGGCUUCCUUGAGAAUUGCAGUUUAUGAAGAAGGGGGGAAGCUUAUUGGACACAGAAUCAUACCAGUCCAUGUGUUGAGAUCAGGUUUUCAUCAUGUUUGCCUACGAAGUGAGAGCAAUAUGCCUUUGACAUUGCCAUCCUUGUUCGUGUACAUUGAAGUGAAGGACUAUAUCCCAGAAUCCUUUGCAGAACUUUCUGAUGUUUUGUCGAAUCCUCUAAAAUUUUCAGGAUCAGAGGAGAAGUCAUCUGUUAAAAAGAAAGCAGAGGAGCCUCUGAUUCAGAAGACUUCUGUCCAGCAGGAAUCCACCGGAGCGUGUGUCAGUGAAAUCACCACAUCAACGAUUACUCUUGUGUCAGGCGGUCCUUCAUCUGCCAUUGAUUCAUCUGUUAGUUGUCUGUCUUCACAACCUGCUGCCCUUGAGAACACUUCAAAACCAGUGACAGAUGCGAAGACAGCCUCUAUUGAGGAGGUCCAACAGAGUAAAGUGUUUGGAAAAUUUCUCAAGAAGCAAGAGAAGGAAAUCAAGGAAGUGGAUAAGAAGUUUCAGAAGAAGGAGGAAGAACUAACACAGAAAUACACCAGCCUGUUCAGUGAAAUGCAUAGUCAGCUGAAAAAGAAGAAACCUGGCUCCUUGAAGAACCAGAAAAAGAAGAGUGACAGCAUUGACCUUUCUGAACCAGCAGUUUUGCCAGACAGCAGCUCAUCUCCAAGGGUCACAGAGCUGAAGGAGAAGCUUCGGGCAGAACUAACAAGGCUACAUGAAGAGCAGCAUGAGCUUGUCAAAAAGAAAAGAGAGCAACAUGUUUCUGAGCAAACAGCCAAGCUUCUUGAAGUAGCAAAAGAGCAACAUGCCAGUGAGCAGAAAUCUUUGAAAGAUUCCCUUGACAGUGACAUGAAAGAGGUUAAGAAGAAACUGGAGGUGAAACGUAAUGAGAAGAUGAUCAAUCUGGCUAAAUCUGGUAGUGACAAAGUGACCAUGGAGAGAAAGAAAAAGGAGCUGAACAACACUUUCAUUCAGGACGUUGUGCAGAUGAUGCAGCGGUUUGCAGAGACUACUACUGUACAGCAGGAGAAGCUUGAAAAGAAACAAACUGCAACAGUGGAUGAAAUACAAGAAAAGGCAGACAAGCUUCUUCAGGAAGUGACCAAAGAAUUGGAAAGAAAAGCACAAGGCAUCUCAAAGGAAGUGCAAGAGAUUUUAAAUGGCUGCAUCUCCCCUUACUUCCCAGAGGAGGUUGAGACCCUCAAGGACACCAAAGUUCUUGAGAAUGGAACAAAUAAUGAUCAGCUUUGGGAAGAUGUUUACAUGGGGUAAAUCUUACCUUUAGGGGUCUUUGAGAUACUUAACAACAAGCAUGUAAUGGAGGAAUGGACCAGGAAAGCAUACACAAUAUGAGAGGUAGUAGUGGCAUACAAAAAAACAACUUAACAUUAGGCUUCACUCAGACUGGAAUGACAUGGCAGCUGUAAUGCAACAUGUGGGAAUACCACCAGCAUACCACUGGAGGAAUGAGACUGGACGGAGCCGGACCCUGUCUUAUUAAUGCCCUCUGUUUAUAUUUUUUUAUGUUCAAAGUCUGUGGUCAAUCUAUAAAUAUUUACAAGAACUCUUUAUUAAAGGGUGCAGAGUAAAAACAUUUAUUGAAAAUACGUCUUCAGUUUACUUUAGGUUAUCUUAUUGACAAUAUAGCCAGGUUUUUAGAUUGUAUAGUCUUUAUUUUGUUUUAUUUUUUAAUUUCUAUUUCUUUUGAGUUUAUUGUGGUAAUUUAGACAGUUUAUAGCCGUGCUGUCAGAUUUAUGCCAUGUAAUUGCAGUUAAUUUGAGAUUUUGUUUUAAGUGGCCCAUCUGUGGUGAAAAAGUGGUCAGCUGGGCCUGCUAUUGACAGUUUAGGAGUGGCUGGCCUGAGGAACUAACAUUGAGGAUGUAGUUGGUGUUAUAACUGAGACCUUGACCUUAACCUGGACAGCUGAUACCAGAUGUAGUGUGAUUAUUAUUGGUUCUUCUCGACUUGCAUGACUUGAGCUAGCCUUAAUGUUCCAGUGUUGGCUGUUCUUAAUGUGCGUCCUGGAACGUGAAAACUUCUGAACAUAUGAUAUCUGAAAAAUUUAUACUGGCUCAAAAUAGACAGAUAUAACUGAUACACAGAACAGAGAGAAUUUAUUUCAAAUGUAGAGAAGAUAGUUUAUGAUCAUUUUAGAUAUGUUGCACAGUUUAUUAGGUAAUGUUUCAUUACCAGUUUUUGAGCUAGUUUCAGUUCUUCAUGAAAUUUCUAAAGGUGUGUCUCUUUGUAUUCGGGAAAUUAACCGUUCUUGACCUCCUUCUGGCAUAGAAAUGCCAAAUAUGAUUAUUGACUGUAUUUGGAAGAAACACAAACAUUGUUGUCAUUUGUUUUAUCAACAUUUGGAUUUGAUUGUCUAAAUAUUGAGAACAAUGUUAUGUAAAUACUGUGUGCUCUAUAUGUUAAUGUUGAGUUGAUUCCAUAACUUAAUAGUUUGAAUUUGUUUGUGGAAUGGAUAACCUAAUAUCCUGAUGUUGAAUAAAUAAUGUAAACAAUGG